ACCUGAAAGCGGUUUUGUUCUGGACGACGCCUAUAAAUGCAUCAAAGCCGGGUCGGUCCAGCUCAUCUUCCUAAAAACCCUGCAGGUGAAGAUGCUGCCCAACUCAGAGAGAAAGAUGUUGUCCAGCAUGCUGGGAGUCCUUGUCUUGUCCUCCACCUGUUCAGCCAUGCUGCUCCGAAACCUGACCAGAAACAUGAUGCCACCUGAGGAAGGCUCCGGGUUCGACCCCAACACUUUACGCUGGCCUGAAGAGGGAGAGGAUUCACCUUCAGUUCCAGAUCCCCAAUGGUCAGCUAACGCUCAGCAUGUACGCAUGCCGUUUUUGCCCUCCGACAACAAUAUGACCAACAACGGCCUACGGAUGUCAGCCACCAACUCACCUCUGAUGCCAGAGCCAGAUACUUCAAUCUGUGACAUCAUUUUCAGCCAGCCGGUACCGCCCUCCAUCGACCAGAUCCCAUUCUUCUGCAUCUGCUCCUACUGCAAAGGAACCAUGGGGCCCAAAGGAGACCGUGGGGACCGGGGCCUUCCAGGUCAACCUGGAAGUCCUGGAAUGAGAGGAAUGACAGGAUUCAAGGGUUACCGAGGAUUCACGGGCCCCCAGGGAAUUAAAGGUCAAAAGGGAGACUUGGGAGAGAAAGGGCAGACUGGUCCAUCUGGGUUCACUGGAACGAAAGGCGAGCGGGGAUACAAAGGUGAGAAAGGUGACCAAGGACUGGCGGGACCUCCAGGCCUUCAAGGUCCCCAAGGAGAAAUGGGCACAUGUCCUGCCUCUUGCGAGAGUGUCCCAGGUGCACCAGGUCUGCAGGGGCCACCAGGACCAGCUGGGGCCCGGGGCCUGCCUGGGGUCCAGGGAGUUAUAGGACCUAAAGGUGGGAAGGGUGAUAAAGGGGAUACUGGAGUGCCUGGCAAUCCUGGAGUGAAUGGUCAGAAAGGUGACCAGGGUGAGCAGGGGAUCUGUGAAUGCACAGAUGGAACUGAUGGUGCUAAUGGGGCGCCAGGAGAUAAGGGAAGUAAAGGGGAAAAAGGUGACCUUGGUCCACAAGGUAUACAGGGUCCUGUGGGUCUGAAAGGAGAUCAGGGUGGUAUGGGUCUCAUGGGGCCACCUGGUCCCUGCUCCCCCGCCAUCCAAUCAGCAUUCUCAGCAUGCAUCGACCAAUCAUUCCCACCUGCAAACUGGCCAGUACCCUUCCCUGAAGUCAUAACAAAUGUGCAGAGGCACUUUGACCCAGCCAUGGGAAUGUACACAGCACCGGUAAAUGGCACUUAUGUUUUCUCUUUCCACCUGGCAACCAAGGAGAAGCCACUGAAAGUUGGCCUGUUCCGAAAUUUCUUUCCUGUGGUGAGAGUAACAGAAGCAUCGAGCCAAGCUACCACCAGCAAUACGGUUGUUCUCCAUCUGAACAUUGGUGAUAGGUUAUGGCUGCAGGUAAAGGACACCCUUACCAACGGCAUGCACACCGACAGUGAAACCAAAAGCACAUUCUCUGGCUACCUGCUGCACCCAGAUUCCUGCGAUGCAGCCUUUGGUAGAGGCUUUUUCCCAGCACUCCCUGCCCCCACAAGUGGCUUUAGCUGGGAUGGCCCUGGUGGUCCUGCCACUCCUUAAGCCAAGUAGGUUCCUUCCCCGUCACAGAUAUUCAGAUGCAGUGUCAACAGACAGCCAAUCAAAUCCUCUGUGUAAUCAUUGCUGCAUGUUUUAAAGGAGGGGUGUUUGCAGAAUGUGAUGGUUAAAAAAAUACUUCAUGCUUAUUUCUUUUAUUUAAAAUUAAUAAUUUAGAGUUUUGCCGACCUUAUCAAGCCUGGUCGAUCAUAUCCUGAUUGCUAUUGCAAAGUUAUCCAUAGCUGCAAGUUUAGCCUGUGGCAGGAUUUUCUAUCGUGUGACUCUUUCAUUUGGCACACAUUUUUUACAUUUUACACCGUAAGUUAAGCCGAAUAACAUCUACAUCUUCUUCUUAGAGUGCAUAAUUUUAAUGUUUUGAAUUCAAUAAAGAGUCAGCGUUUAAUCAUUUUAGAUACAGGAAGAUAUUUAGCAUAAGGUGUAGUGACAGCAGCUAGCAGCUAGGCAGCAACAUAGAGAGGUAGACAGCUUUCUGUCCUUUAUUGAAUACUUUUAAAAAAAUAGUAGGGAUGCUGGGAUCUGAUGAAUAUGAACUUCAGCUAUUUAGUAAAUCAAACUGACUGAACAGUUCAGAAAAAUUAUGAAUAGUAAACUUCGACAGUCAAAUUUGAAUGAAUAUUGAAAUUAUCCGACUUUAAAGCGGUUCAUUCUCAGAGACCUUUUAAAAAACAUGAAGAGUUAGUAAAACUGUAUGAAGAGGAAACUAACAUGACAAGAAGAAACAGGUUUGAAACUCUCCUCCUUUCAAACGUCUAGAUGAACUCACUUCUGAUUCAACACUGCGUCUAAUGUAGGCAUUCAGUCGGCCCCUAAAUAAAGGCGUAGAUUAUCCAGCUGGCUGAAAUGUUUAUUAUUUUUGAGGUUCAGUUUUGUUCCAUCAUAAAACACUUUCAAAGCACUUUGCCCAUGUAGAGUUGAUUUGCAAUUAUUUGUUAAAAUCAGCCUCAUUUUUUAGCUUUAUUAUCAUUUUCUUUUGAGACAACAAAUGAAUAAAAACUGAGCAAAAGCUUCAAUGUUGUUUUUAGACAUUACCUAAAGUGUAAAUUUGUUCUGUGACUGCUUUAAAAAAAAAAGAUUUAUGUAACUGACUAAAGCACCUGAUUCAAAGGGAAGCGCCUUCAAAUAUGGAGCUGAGUGUGAAACUGACUGAAAGAGAGGAUCAUUUGAGACAAACUCACUGAUCAUAAGUGAGAGACUCCUGUUCUUUUUGGUUUGUUGUAGCACUUCAUUCUUCAGGUAAUUCAUCUGAGGGUGUGAAAAGGCAAAAUGUUUGGAUCACCAAAGUAAAAGGAACACUAAAACAAGA